AGAUAGCGUGGCCCAUGCACUAUUUUCUCGGCAACUUCACUUAUACCAAGUUUCAACACCCUUCUCAGCUCCAAUCUUCGCCAUUUUAGCUUCACAACUCAAGAAUCUGUCUUCGCACUUCUUUUCUUUCUUUAUUGUCAUGCUUCGCUUCUUUCGCUUUUGCUCUCUUCAUCAUCAUCUAAGGUGUAAGCUACUUCCCAUUUUGCAAGAAAGCUACCAGGAGCAUAAAGUGAUUAGCAAAUUGUCCACAGCAGGUUGCGUUGAAUUGUAAUUAUUUUUAUCUUUAUUUAUUUUUCUCACUUAAUUUACUCUUACAUUUGAAAUAAUCAACCAAUAAGUAGCAGCAAAACUGCAAUAUACUUAGGGUGCGUGUGGAAUUGACACAUUUGCAUAGAAUUUCCAGGCAUUUUUGGAUGUAAUUUUUUUUAUAUGUAUUAACUAUUAAAUAAAUAUAGUCAUUAAUUUUUUAAUGUGAAUUCCUAAAACUAUUUUUAAACAAAUCAUUAAAAUGACUUAUUAUAUUAAAAAUAACUUAUCAUAAAGUUAUUCUUAAAAAUUGAUUUUUGAACCACACGCACCUUAUAAAUUUAUUCUUAUGAUUAGAUUAGUCGUAGGUUGUCAACCAAAAGUAUAUAUAUUACUGUAGUACUUAUUAUAUUGGACUUAAGUAAAAGGAAAUUACGCGUAAAGACCACAAAAGAACAAAUCAAACGUUAUUACUGCUUAAAGGCUAAAGAAAAUUAAAAACAACAACAAUGUUCGAGAAAUUGUGGAAAAUGACAAAUUAGAAAGAGAAAACGCGAAUUUUUUAUCUAAAUAAACAAUUACACAUUUUUAUACUAAACUUACUUUUAUACUCUAUUUUCUCUCUUCUAGCAUUUGAUAGGGUAUCUAGCGCAAAAUCUGUUACAAAUCUCUGUUUUGACGCAAACACUUUAAAAUUCACAUGAAAUUCCAUUGCAACUUCCACUCCAACAGCUGCCACAUGAAAACACAGAGCUUUGUCCGCAUUUCUUAUUUCUUGGUUUCAAUUUCUUCAUUUUACGAUUUCUGUCCAUAUCUCUCUGUUUCUUCAGCUUCUACGUAUACACACACAAUGGAAUCAACGCAAAACCAAGAUCACACUUCCGUUUCAUACCAGAACGUCGUCGUAAUGAGACACGCUGACCGCCUCGACAACUUCGACCCAUGCUGGGCCUCCACGGCCGCCCGUCCCUGGGACCCACCGCUAUUCGAAGCGGGUCGCCUUCGGGCAUUCCAAACGGGUCGGACUCUCGGACACACUCUCGGAUACCCCAUUCACAGGGUCUUUGUCUCCCCCUUCCUCCGCUGCGUCCAGACAGCCUCCGAAGUCGUCUCCGCUCUCUCCACCGUUGAUGCCGCGGAAGUCAAGGUGUCUGUUGAAUAUGGAUUGUGUGAAAUGAUGAACAAGGUGGCGUUUCGUAACGAUGUUGCCCCUAAAGAUGGAAAUUGGGGUUUUAAUAUAACACAGCUUGAAGCCAUGUUCCCAACAGGGACACUGAGUAGUAACGCAGAAAGGGUAGAUAAAGAGCUGCCUCAAUGGGAAGAGUCGUUUGAAGAAACACGGGAUAGAUAUGAGCGCAUAUUUAAGGAGCUUGCAGAUAAAUAUCCUGCUGAGAAUAUGCUGUUUGUUACACAUGGGGAAGGAAUUAAAGUGGCUGUAUCUUCGUUCAGAAAAGAUGCCAAAGUUUAUAAAGUUGGGUACUGUGGAUAUGUACAGCUUAGACGCCCUAUUUUGAAGAAAGAUCAAUCAUUUAUUACUGGAGAAUUUCAUGUACUUACUGAUAGUGAUCAAACUGGUGUAAGCUAUAAUAUUACCAAACCCUCUCACCAAUGACACCAAGUCAAAACCAAUGUAAUUAGCUCUAUUUUCAAUCUGCUCUCCUUCUUCAUUGUUUUUCUAACAUUGUAAUUGUAUAAAACACUUAAAAUAUUACUUUUCAUUUUGUGUCUAAAUUUAUCUUUAUA